GCUUUCCCCAAACCCCUUGUGAGAAAAAAAGGAAAAGAGCGUUUACAGCCAGAGAGAAGAAAGAAGUCGAGAAACUAAAUGAUGUCGAGGCUCUUAUUCUUCUUUGUCUUCCUCUACACAGUAACAACUCUAACAUCAACAACCUCAGGAGCUUGCCAAACAUCCUGCGGCAGCAUCCAAAUAAACUACCCGUUCGGUAUUGACAAAGGUUGCGGAUCUCCACAGUUCCAAGGAAUGCUCAACUGCUCCUCCACCGAUCUGUAUUUCAUCACUCCUUCCGGAGGCUACAAGGUACGGUCAAUCGACUACGACAAGAACACGAUGGUUGUCUUCGAUCCGUUAAUGUCCACUUGCUCCACCCUCCAGCCUCACCACGAUUUCAAACUCUCGGAUAUCCAGAACGCUAUUAUAAGACCCUCGUACGACACCGUUUUCGCUCUCUUCAACUGCUCCAGUGACUCUCCGGUUCAGAAUCGGUACAAGAGUCUCUGCUUCGAAGCCGCCGGCCACUCCUGCGACGAGCUUUAUAGCUCGUGUACUUCCUUUGGCAUCUUCAACACUACUUCUGGUAACAAUACGGCGUCGCUAGGUAACAGUACGGUGAGUGCGACGCCGUAUUGUUGUUUCACGAGCUACGAUACGGUUCGUGUGAUGAGUAUGAACAUCUUGGACUGUUCACAUUACACGACGGUGAUUGACGAUGGAAAAAUGAGAGGUGUGACGCCUGUGGAUUGGUCGUAUGGAAUCGAGCUUUCGUACUCGGUGCCGGAGAUUGGUUGCGACCGUUGCCGGAAGUCAGGCGGCACGUGUGGUUUCGACGCCGAGACGCAGAUCUUUCUUUGCCAGUGUUCCAACAACACUUCUCCACGAGAUUGUGGUGGUGUGAGUGACAAAGGAGGUUGCAACUCUAGAAGCACUAAUUAUGCUAUGCUUUUGUUGGGGAUGCUCGUAUCUUUUAUUUGCGCAAUCUUAUGAUCUAUUCCAAUGUCUGUUUCUAAGAAAAAUAAAAAUUAUUAAUUAUGGGUUA